AUGUCUAAACUCCUCCUUUGUUUUCUUUUCUUUCUCUCGUCCUCUCAGCUUCUUUCCUCCUCUUUCUCUUUCUCUAAUUCCACCAAACUAUGCCCGUAUCAGCAGGCUCUUGCUCUGCUCCACCUUAAGCAAUCCUUUUCUAUUGAUAAUUCCAGUUCUUGGGAUUGUGAUUCCAAUGGCAUCACUUCUUAUCCUAAAACAGAGUCUUGGAAGAAGGGUAGUGAUUGUUGCUCAUGGGAUGGGGUCACAUGUGAUUGGGUGACAGGCCAUAUAAUUGGGUUAGACCUCAGUUGCAGUUGGCUCUUUGGCAUCAUCCAUUCCAAUAGUACCCUCUUCCUUUUUCCUCACCUGCGAAGGCUCAACCUUGCUUCCAAUGACUUCAAUUACUCUUCUGUUUCAGCUGGGUUUGGUCGGUUCUCAAGCUUGACGCAUCUUAAUCCCUCUUACUCUAGAUUUUCAGGCCUAAUUUCACCAGAAAUCUCUCACCUCUCCAACUUGGUUUCACUUGAUCUGUCUGGGAAUAUUAACAAAGAAUUUGCCCCGCAUGGCUUCGAUUCUCUAGUUCAAAAUUUAACCAAAUUGCAGAAGCUUCACCUUGGAGGUAUUUCCAUCUCUUCAGUUUUUCCUAAUUCCUUGCUAAAUCGGUCUUCUUUGAUAUCAUUAGUCUCUUUGACUGUGGAUUGCAUGGGAGAUUCCCUGACCAUGACAUUCACCUUCCGAAACUCGAGGUUCUCUACUUAUGGGAAAAUGAUGAUCUCAGUGGAAACUUCCCACGAUUCAGUGAGAACAAUUCCCUCAUGGAGUUAGAUUUAUCAUCCACAAAUUUGAAUUGAGAGAUUUCAGC